AUGGCCACACUCCUCAUUGCUGGGCUGGUGUGUCACUCAGCGGACCUCCCGGCAUCGCAGUGGUCCGGCGAGGAAUACAGAAACCUCACGCUGCGACAACACAGAACCUGCGUGGAGAACGAGCAGUACCUCCACCAGAGACUCUGCUGCCUUAACUGCCAUGCAGGAUCCUUUGUGCAGAAGGCCUGUGAGAGAGACCAAGAGCAAGGGACGUGUCUUCCCUGUGAGCACGGACAGACAUACACUGCACACUCCAACGGGAUGAACCGCUGUCUGCCGUGCACACACUGCCGUUUAGAUGAGAUUGAAACUGUGCCGUGCAGCACAACAACGGACACCAAGUGCCAGUGCAAGCAGGGGACCUUCUGCGUGCCAGAACAGGCCUGUGAAGUCUGCAAACGUUGUGCCAAGUGUAAACCAGGGGAGGAGGAGGUGAAGAAGUGCACCCCCACUUCUAACACAGUGUGUCGAAAACGGGAUCCGUCCCCGACCGAAACCUCUCCAGCCCUUCCUACUCCGACCCCUUCAGCCGCAGCCGACAAAGGGUCAGAAAAAUCCCUAAAGAAGAGCUUCGAUUUGUUUGACGAGUACUUGGACGUGCGGAUCCACAACAAGUUCUUCCGAUUGAUCGGAGUCAGCGACAACCACAUUCGGAUCGCGGAAAACGGCCCCGCCGGCGACAAAGUUUAUGACCUACUGAAGAACUGGAUGCAGAGGCAGGGACUAAAAGCCGACAUCAACAACCUGCUAGACGCUCUGCUAAGCAUGGACCAGCGGCGCUCGGCAGAGAGCAUCGCCUCCAUGGCGCUGCAGAGAGGCUACUAUAAGCACGCAGACACGCCCUGAAGGCGGACGCAACAGGGGACAUCAAGUGAAGAAGACACUAAAUACAAGACAAAAUAAAAAGCACACAGAAACUGUCGGUGGAUGUUGUGUCUCACGAACAGGCUUACCUCUUUGUGGCGGCCCGGCCAUGUAUUCAGAAGCCAGUAGUUUUGAAAAGAAAAAAAACACAAAAAGGGGAAGGUCGAGUCAUACUGAUGAGCGCUCCGAGGAUGUCGACUAUCUGCCAAACACUGAUGUGUUAUAAUGAACACGAAGAAGAAGGAGGUUUGUGGUCACGUUCAAUAGCUAACCCAGCGACCCAAACACAAAAAGAGCAGAAAAAAAACAUGAAGGCGUCAUCUUCAAACCGCUGCGUGUUUCCAGACUGUUGCGAAGCAACACGCGGUCAAAUACUGAAAGUCUCUGGGUGUUUGUGUGUGUGUGUCGCUCUUCUGGUCCCCCACCCAGAUCACAGCACACGACCUGGGGACAAGCAUAUACACUGGUUUGUAGAAGUGGCAUUACCUAUGUCACUUAUACUGUGCCUCACUGAUGCACUGACCUCUGGCACAUGUAGGAUUAAAAACUACAAUAAUGCUAUGUUUUUAUUUUCGUUUGUUUGUUGUGUCCACAAGCAUUUUGUCCGUUCAUUCUGCCAACAGUUAACAUGCAGUCUCGCUAAUCAUAAAAUGUACCUCUUCAGUGCCGUUUGAUAAUCUAAAUAUAGUGAGGUUUCAUCCUUUUUAUAAUUAUGAUACCAUUCAUACAGCAUUGGUGAGUCAGAAAUGUUCGUACAAUCACGGCACAUCGUAGAAACCUCUUCGUCCGGUCUUUUACGUCUUCAGUGUUACUACUCAGACAUGACGUUAGUGAACUGUCACACAGGCUGUUUCUGUUAGAACACCUUUGGAUAGUUUAGUUUAAAAGAUGUUUCCAUGAUAUUUUCAAGUAACUUAGAACAUUUCAGAGGUCGUUUUUAUUUAUUGAUAUAUUUAUUGUAUUGAAUAAUAAUUAUAUUUUAUUAUUUAUACCAUUGGCAAAAGCGACCCUGAAAAACAAGCACACUGUCUGUUUAUGUUGUAAUGAUGUCUAGCUACAGGGCAAAAAUUACUGACUUCACAUUUUUCAAGGUGUGAUUGAAACUUUGAUCAAACCCCCGUUUCUCGUUAUGUCGAUAUUGAGUGUGCCAUUUCCUCACGAAUGACUUUCCAUUCGCAGCACGUGCACAUCAGUGUGGAAGCUUACUUGAUGCCGAAAAGUAGAACGUGUCAAAUUUGAAGGUUUAAAAUGACGCCUGGUUGAGCCCAGCUUUGUAAGUUAACCGUCUGACCGGAUAGUCCGACCACACACGUCAGCGGUGACUCGUGGUGCAGGUACGGAUUGUUUAGACUCAGAGGAAGAUGAAGGAAAACUUUUCUGGAUUCAAAAAAGAAGCUCAAAUGUGUUUCCCCGAUUCUGUCCAGUGUACAUAAGAAUGUCUGAAGAGCGUUGAAUCCUCACUAAAAGCAUAUGCACAUGCUCUAUAAUCCAAAAUGAAGAUAGUGAGGUAUGAAGUUAUUGAAGAAAUGCAAACCAGAGUAGGUGCAGUUCAGGUUGUGACCCCUGAAACCAUUUUUUCUGCCGUCUCGUGUAUAAAGAGUUACAGAGUUAUAUAUUGUUGCUGAGAGUCAUUCUACAGUGCUGGCACUGCCAUCUAUUGACAGACAAUGAAAAUACAGCCUGCAUCAAUUUCUAUGGGGACCCUACACACACUGCUUUCUCACCUAACACUUUACUUUAAGCAUCUUUUUUAACUCCUCCAUUUUUCCUCUCAGCCUUUUUGAAGUAGCAUAGCAGUGAAUAGGCUUCAGCGCAUGUUCAAGUGAGUGUAUGUCUCUUUUUUUACAUAUAUACUCUGUUUUUUUACAUAUUUCAUUGCAAGUCCUGAGCUGUUCAAUCAACUUCCCUCGUGUAACAACCUUCUGUCCAGCCAUUUAAAAUAAUUUCCUCACCCUUAGUUAUUGUUUGCUUGUCAUGGAUUUCAGAUUUACAUUAUGCAAAUAUGUCAAAAAGCUGUUUUUUGUCAAUUUUAAAUAAAUGUUUUGUACAGAUA